UGGUAGGUGCUUUCCUCCCCAGUCUGAAUAUGAGUGCGCAGACUUCCCCAGCAGAGAAGGGCCUCAACCCUGGGCUGUUGUGCCAGGAGAGUUACACCUGCAGCGGGACUGAUGAAGCCGUCCGGUGUGACGAGUGCUGCAGCCUGCAGUGUCUCCGCUGCGAGGAGGAGCUCCAGCGGCAGGAGCGCCUGAGAAACCAUGAGCGGAUCAGACUCAAAGCUGGCCACGUCCCUUACUGUGACCCCUGCAAGGGCCCCAGUGGGCGUUCUCCAGGUGUGAAGCAGACGGCAGACGUGAGGUGCCGGACCUGUAAACUCAACUUGUGCCUGGAGUACCAGAGGACUCAUUCUGGGGGUAACAGAAGGAGGCACCCUGUUACGGUGUACCAUGUGGCUAAGGUCCAGGCGCUGCUGGAGGAAGAAGGGAUGGAUGAGGACACCAAGACGAAGAAGAUGACUGAGAAGGUUGUGAGUUUCGUCCUAGUAGAUGAGAAUGAAGGAAUUCAGGUAACGAAUGAAGAGGACUUUAUUAGGAAAUUGGAUGCAAAUCAUCAGCAUCUGAAAGUGGUUUCCAUUUUUGGAAAUACUGGGGAUGAGAAGGCUCAUACCCUCAACCACACUUUCUUUUGUGGCCGGGAAGUCUUCAAAGCCUCCCCUGCCCAGGAGUCCUGCACUGUUGGAGUGUGGGCGGCAUAUGAUCCAGUCCACAAAGUAGCAGUGAUAGACACAGAAGGGCUCUUGUGGGCUACAGAGAAUCUAAGCCAGAGAACACGGCUGCUGCUUAAGGUCCUGGCCAUUUCAGACCUCGUCAUCUAUCGAACUCAUGCAGACCGACUGCACAAUGACCUCUUCAAGUUCCUUGGGGACGCCUCAGAAGCUUAUCUGAAGCACUUCACCAAGGAGCUCAAGGCUACCACUGCCCGCUGUGGCCUGGAUGCCCCCCUGUCCACCCUGGGCCCUGCUGUUAUCGUUUUCCACGAGACUGUGCACACUCAGCUGCUAGACUCUAAUCACCCCUCCGAGGUGCCUGAGAAGCUCAUCCAGGACCGGUUCCGGAAGCUGGGCCGCUUCCCUGAAGCCUUCAGUUCUAUUCGUUACAAGGGAACGAGGACAUACAAUCCUCCCACGGACUUUUCUGGUCUUCGGCGUGCUUUGGAGCAACAACUAGAGAAUAACAACACCCGUUCUCCCCGGCACCCGGGGAUCAUGUUCAAAGCUCUGAAGGCCCUCAGCGACCGCUUCAGCGGUGAGCUCCCCGAUGACGAGAUGGCACACAGCUCCCUUUUUCCAGAUGAGUACUUCACCUGCUCCGUCCUGUGCCUCAGCUGUGGGGCUGGAUGUAAGAACAGCAUGAAUCACGGGAAAGAAGGAGUACCUCGUGAAGCCAAAAGCCGCUGCAGAUACUCUCACCAGUAUGACAACCGGGUUUUUACCUGCAAGGCCUGCUACGAGAGAGGCAAUGAAGUCAGCGUGGUGCCCAAGACGGCUGCUUCAACCGACUCCCCCUGGAUGGGUCUCACAAAAUAUGCCUGGUCUGGGUACGUAAUCGAAUGUCCCAACUGCGGCGUGGUCUAUCGUAGCCGGCAGUACUGGUUUGGGAACCAAUAUCCUGUGGACACAGUGGUGCAGACAGAGACUGUGCAUGUGUGGCCUGGAACUGAUGGAUUUCUGAAGGACAACAACAAUGCUGCCCAGCGCCUCUUGGAUGGGAUGAACUUCAUGGCUCAGUCGGUGUCUGAGCUUAGCCUUGGGCCCACCAAGGUUGUGACAUCCUGGCUGACAGACCAGAUCGCCCCUGCCUACUGGAGGCCCAACUCCCAGAUCCUGAGCUGCAACAAGUGUGCUACACCCUUUAAAGAUAAUGACACCAAGCAUCACUGCCGGGCCUGGGGGGAGGGCUUCUGUGACAGCUGUUCACCCACGACCCGGCCAGCGCUGGAGCGGGGCUGGGGCCCUGCGCCCGUGCGGGUGUGUGACAACUGCUAUGAAGCCAGGAAUUCCCAGUUAGAAGUUACUGAGGCACAGGUGGAUGAUGAGGGCGGGACGCUGAUUGUUCGGAAGGUGGGCAAGUCCGUGCAGAACACUUCGGGAGCUGUGGUGACGGCCAAUGACAUGCCACUAGGUUUGGUGAAGGAUGCGGCCAGGCCGGUGUACUGGGUACCAGACCAUGAGAUCCUGCACUACCACAACUGCCGGAAGGGGUUCAGCGUCAAGCUUUCCAAGUACCACUGCUGGGCCUGCAGACAGGGCUUCUGUGAUGAGUGUUCCCAUGACCACUGGGCUGUCCCCUCUUGA